AUGGAGAUCGAAAGAAAGAGUUUUCCUUCCCUUCUUCUACUCUUUCUCUUCUCUUUUCUCCUGCAAACACCCACCUUUGCUGCCAAAAAGUCAUAUAUUGUCUACUUUGGAGGUCAUUCUCACAGAUUAGAGGAGGCUUCCUUGCUUACCCAGGAACGUGUUGUAGAUUCCCAUUACGAGUUUCUUGGCUCGUUUUUGGGAAGCAAGGAGAAGGCCCAAGAUGCCAUCUUCUACUCGUACACGAAAAGCAUUAACGGCUUCGCUGCUAAUCUUGAGGAAGAAGAAGCCAUGGAGAUCUCAAAGCAUCCUGGAGUCAUAUCAGUGUUUCCAAACAGAGGUCAUAAACUGCACACAACCCAUUCAUGGGAGUUCAUGGGUCUCGAGACGAACGGCGUAGUUCCAGAGAGCUCCCUUUGGACGAAAGCGAAUUUCGGCAAAGAUGUCAUCAUUGGGAACCUCGACACAGGUGUUUGGCCGGAAUCAGAGAGCUUCAAGGAUGAUGGCAUGGGUCCCAUUCCAUCAAAGUGGAAAGGAAUCUGUCAGAAAAAUGAUACAAACAUUCCAUUCCAUUGCAACAAGAAGCUGAUAGGUGCGAGGUACUUCAACGACGGGUAUAGGUCAGCUCUGGAUCCGUUCGCUUAUGUGGAGGACUCCCCUCGGGACUACGAAGGCCAUGGCACCCAUACCCUAUCCACAGCUGCCGGAGCAAAGGUGCCAGGCGCCACCCUCUUCGGCUACGGCACCGGCAUGGCCAAGGGUGGCGCGCCCAAUGCUCGUGUUGCUGCCUAUAAGGUUUGCUGGCCGCCGGUCCUUGGUGGCGAGUGCUUCAGUGCUGAUGUCUUGGCUGGCUUCGAUUCUGCAAUCCAUGAUGGGGUGGAUGUCCUCUCGGUGUCCCUCGGUGGAGAUCCUGUAGACUAUUUGGAGGACGCCGUAGCCAUUGGAUCGUUUCAUGCUGUGAAGCAUGGGAUCACCGUGGUGUGCUCUGCCGGCAACUCCGGACCAACGUUGGGCACGGUGUCGAACGUUGCACCAUGGAUCUUAACGGUUGGGGCAAGUACCAUAGACAGGGAGUUCGCUUCCUAUGUUCACCUUAGAAACAGGCAGCAAAUAAAGGGACAAAGUCUUUCUUCCGUGAGCCUUCAACAGAAAUUCUAUUCCUUGAUUAGCCCUGAAGAUGCCAGAAAGUCCAAUAGAUCAAUUGAGGACGCCACUCAAUGCAUUUCUGGAGCUCUAGACCCAACAAAGGUAAGAGGAAAGAUAGUAAUAUGCAUUCGUGGGACCAAUGAUAGAGUUGAAAAGGGAGAGGCGGUUCGCCAGGCCGGUGGGAUUGGAAUGAUCCUUGCCAAUGAUGAAAGCAGUGGGAAUGAAGUCAUUGCAGAUGCUCAUGUCCUUCCUGCCACCCAUAUCUCCUAUUCUGAUGGUGUUUCUUUGCUCUCCUACGUCAAAUCUGCCAAGUCGCCACUUGGUUAUAUUACAAGCCCCAAAACGAUGCUUGAUGCGUUUCCUGCACCUUUCAUGGCUGCUUUCUCAUCCCGAGGACCGAAUACCAUCACCCCUGAGAUACUAAAGCCUGAUAUCACUGCCCCAGGGGUCAGUAUAAUUGCAGCCUACACUGGAGCAUUAGGACCAACUUCUUUAGACUUUGAUUCACGCCGUGUUCUCUUUAACACUGAUUCUGGAACCUCCAUGUCCUGUCCUCAUGUUUCUGGCGUUGCUGGCCUUCUCAAAGCCCUCCAUCCUGAUUGGAGUCCAUCGGCAAUCAAGUCAGCAAUCAUAACUUCUGCUAGAACUCAAGAUAACACGCUGGAGCCUAUGAGCAAUUCAACAUUUCAGAAGGCCGAUCCAUUUAGCUAUGGCUCUGGUCAUGUCCGACCGAAUCGGGCCAUGGAUCCUGGCCUCGUCUAUGAUCUAACUACGAAUGAUUACUUGAACUUCCUGUGUUCCCUUGGCUACAACUCAACGCAAAUCGCUGGGUUCAAUAGGGAACCUUACUCUUGCCCUUCUAAACCCCUAAAGAUUGAAGAUUUGAACUACCCCUCAAUUGCUAUAUCAAAUCUCACAGGUGCUGUCAGUCUCAUACGAACUGUAAAGAAUGUUGGAACACCGGGGACAUACAAGGUUCGUGUGAUGGAACCAGCAGGAAUUUCAGUUUCAGUGAAGCCAAGAAAACUUAAAUUUGAUAAAGUUGGUGAAGAGAAGAAGUUUGUGGUGACUCUGAAGGCUAAGAGACGUGAUGUGGCUGGAGACUAUGCUUUUGGGAAAUUGGUGUGGUCAGAUGGUAAGCACUAUGUCAGAACCCCCAUUGCGGUUAAGGCAUGA